CAGUUUGUCACCAGAAAUCAAAGAAUCUCUUUGCACAUAACCCAAUGCAACCAUUUCUCGCGAAUUUAUAAUCCUUGAUGCAUUUGGUCCCCCAUCCAACACGCGAAAUACAACGAAAAUCGAGAAUACCGGCGCCUUGCCGGCUGCGCAAAGAUGGCAACUAAACGGAAGGCUGCGGCCAUGAAUGCGACAGCAACCGAAGAGCCUGUAGAUCCAGCGGAUGAGCUUAUGUUCUUAUGCCUCGGUGGCGGUAACGAAGUUGGCCGUUCCUGUCAUAUUGUUCAAUACAAAGGCAAAACUGUUAUGCUCGAUGCUGGCCAGCAUCCUGCAUAUGAUGGUCUCGCAUCUUUGCCAUUCUACGAUGAUUUCGACCUGAGCACAGUUGAUGUUCUGUUGAUUAGCCAUUUCCACAUCGAUCAUGCUGCCUCCCUUCCAUACGUUCUUGCGAAGACGAAUUUCCGCGGUCGAGUCUUCAUGACACAUCCCACAAAGGCCAUCUACAAGUGGCUUAUCCAGGACAGCGUUCGAGUAGGAAAUACGUCAGCCAAUCCAUCACAAUCACUCUAUAGUGAGCAAGAUCACUUGAAUACUUUUCCUCAAAUCGAAGCCAUCGACUACCAUACCACCCACACCAUAUCCUCCAUCCGAAUUACACCCUAUCCUGCUGGCCACGUUUUAGGUGCAGCUAUGUUCCUAAUCGAAAUUGCUGGCUUAAACAUCUUCUUCACUGGCGACUACUCCCGCGAACAGGAUCGACACUUGGUCUCGGCAGAGGUUCCAAGAGGUGUCAAGAUUGAUGUUCUUAUUACCGAGUCUACCUACGGAAUCGCAUCACAUGUGCCGCGUGUCGAAAGAGAGCAGGCAUUAAUGAAGUCCAUUACAGGCAUCUUGAAUAGAGGUGGCCGUGCUCUCCUCCCCGUUUUUGCCCUGGGUCGAGCACAAGAAUUGCUCCUUAUUUUGGAUGAAUACUGGGGCAAUCACCCAGAAUAUCACAAAUAUCCAAUCUACUACGCCAGUAACCUCGCGCGUAAAUGUAUGAUUGUUUAUCAGACAUAUGUCGGCGCCAUGAACGACAACAUCAAGAGGCUAUUCCGUGAGCGCAUGGCUGAGGCAGAGGCAGCUGGAGACGGUACAUCGAAGGGCGGUCCUUGGGAUUUCAAGUAUAUCCGAUCCCUAAAAAACCUAGACCGUUUUGACGAUAUGGGAGGCUGUGUCAUGCUUGCAAGCCCUGGUAUGUUGCAGAACGGUGUCAGCCGAGAAUUGCUUGAACGUUGGGCACCUAGUGACAAGAACGGUGUUAUUAUUACUGGUUAUAGUGUUGAGGGAACUAUGGCCCGGCAAAUUAUGUCAGAGCCUGAACAAAUUCAAGCCAUCACCUCGCGUAACAUCGCCGGUGCCCGUCGCGGCCCCGGUGGUGAGUCUGACAAAGUGAUGAUUCCUAUGCGCUGUAGCGUACAAGAAUACUCAUUCGCUGCGCAUGUUGAUGGUGUUGAAAAUCAAGAGUUCAUUGCAGAGGUUGCGGCCCCUGUAGUUAUUCUGGUUCAUGGUGAACAGCGAAAUAUGAUGAGGCUGAAAUCGAAGCUUCUAUCCCAAUAUGUCAAGAGUAACAGCGAUGUAAAGGUCUUUUCUCCGCGCAACUGCGAAGAGUUACGAAUUCCUUUCAAAGCCGACAAAAUUGCCAAAGUAGUCGGCAAGUUAGCUACUGUCCCAGUACCAAAAGAUAUCAGCUUAAAUGCAACCAACGGUGCUGCUCCCGACGGCCCUCUGGUUACUGGUGUACUGGUUCAAAACGACUUCAAGCUUUCUCUGAUGGCGCCUGAAGACCUCAGGGAAUAUGCCGGUCUUAACACGACCACAAUCACAUGCAAGCAGCGCCUCACUCUUAGUGCAGCUGGCAUUGAGCUGGUAAAAUGGGCGCUUGAAGGUACUUUCGGUACAAUUGAGGAACUUCCUGAGAUGCGCCGAGCCCAACAAACCCAGGGAGCCAUCACGACAGAUGACCAUGACGCGGAAAAUGUGGAAGAUGCCGACGAGGAAGUUGCAGAGUUGGUCGCUGCAUACCUUGUCAUGGGCUGUGUGACUGUGCGAUACAGAACAAACGGUGAAGUAGAGCUUGAAUGGGAAGGCAACAUGCUGAACGACGGCAUUGCCGAUUCCGUCAUGGCUGUUCUUUUCUCAGUGGAGAGCUCUCCAGCUGCAGUCAAGCGAUCUAGCGCGACAAACGGCCAUUCGCAUUUACACUCUCAUGAUCUGCCCAAAACCAACCCUCAUGCGAACGUUUCAGCUGAGGCGCGCCUCCAGCGCAUGUUUUGGUUCCUCGAAACUCAAUUCGGUGCUGACAAUGUCUCGCCUGUCGCGGAACCAAAACUACCUGAUCUAGAGACUGAUACAGAUGCGAUGGCCACUGAUGAUGCGGACAACGCCGCGCCCAAGGUAGAGGAAGACGAAUCUUUACUUGAGGAGCGCCGCCGGGCAGAAAUUGAGCGUUUACACAAGAUUGGUAUACCGGUGCCGGGAGUGUCCAUUACCGUAGACAAGAUGACGGCAACAGUUUGGUUGGAGAACUUGGAUGUCGAAUGUACUAAUAAAGCGUUUUCGGAUCGUGUCAGAGCGGUUGUGGACCGGGCUGUUGAAGUAACGGCGCCUCUCUGGGCAUAAAAGGAAUACAAUGGGCAAAAAUAAAGCAAUUAUACUUUGGGAGCAAUUACAAUCACAUUAAUAUUAUCGGACAGGCUUAGCUGUUGUUACUUGGUCAAAGGCGCAGCUUAGGGGGCAACAGAGCUUCUUUUCUAUUAUACAGUGUACAAGUAAAACGACUCUGCGUCCUCACAACUUUAGAAGAACAAAUAGUGAAGGAUAGUUGAAUGCAAUGCGCUCUAUAAGGAGCGGGAAACGAAAACAAAAAAAAUACAGAUUCUAAUUGAACAGCCCCAUCUCAUAUCAUCAACCCAGGAAUUCUUUCAGAUCCUCAGACUCUUCCAACAAUGUGUUGAAAGAGAAGGGAGCGAAAGGCCAGCCAUUGAAUUCGGCAAACUUUGAGAACGACUCGACCCAGGCAAGACGGAGAGAGUGCAACAUGGCACUAGUACCUUCCAUACAAACGAGAAUGGCGAUAGCUAGAAUAGAAUGUCAAUAAGAAAGUUUGCGUUGUGCUUAGAGAAUGUACUUACUAAGGAAGAACCACAAGUAGAAGCCAACGACGAUCAUGAAAACGCCGACAAUGCCGUUCAUUGGCAGAACAAUUCCGAGAGUCAUGUUCCAAAGAACAACACUGAGCUGCUGAUGGGCCAGGGACAACGCCCAAAGACGAAGAUAGGAGGCAGUGUGGGAAACGCAGUUGAGACAGAAUUCUAAAAAAGAUAAAUGAUUAGUUAAAUAAAGAUGCAACAUUUUGAGCCUCACUUACCAAUAGUGUGGAUAACUUGAUGAAUCAUAACCUCGCUGAAGUCAAAUUCCUCGUGUUCUUCAUCAAUAUUCUGGGAAAUCAUGGCAACUCCUUCACCAUCGUCAAAGGAUGUACCGUGACCGUUCAUUAAACCAUCGUUCUCAUCAUCGCCAUCCAACGCGCUCACACGAGAGUGCUCGCCAAGGCCGCGAUAACCUUGAGCCCGUGCACGGUUAUGCUCCCAACGGAGAUAGAAAGGCUUGAGGAAGAGCAAAACAGGAACUUGAGCAAAUGCCAGUAGCAACAAGGAGACUUGUACAAAAGCCUGGCCAGAAUACAGCUGGGCACCAGCUUCAAGUUCACCAGGCUGCAGGAACAUGUAGAUCAGCAUGUUCAGUAGACCAGGUGCCUUGUUACCAACGGAGGACCAGUCAACGGACCACUUGUAGAUGAUGCAAACAACAAGAUAACCGAAGAUCGACUGGAAAAAGAUCAUACCAGGGACGAAAUUGCCCCAUAUAUCAAUAGGCUUCUUGAAGUGUCGCGCAUUGAUGUAGGCAAAGCAGAGGGAGUAUGUCAUGUGGGCCCAACCGAGAAUGAUACUCAUUUUCAUCUUGUAACUGUUACUGAAAAGGAGAUCAUUGGAGGCUCCAUGCCAGGCGGGAUCAAGACCAAAUGGAUAGCGAUAUCCGUGCUCGUUUAGAGUAGCUUCGACACUUUGACCUUCAGUGUAAUCGCCUGGUGGACGGCGGAACUCCCAAGCACUUGGGAAGAGGGUCAUAGACUUUGAGAAAAUAUCGUUGUAGAUAAGGCCAGUGAAGAUGGAAAACGUGGCCAUGAUAAGCGCAAUGUAACGACCGUAGUACAUCAUAGCAAAUAGCUCAAAUGUAACUUUCUUGAGUGGCUUUUCCCAGUAAAUCAUGGCCAAAGCGGAGCAGAGCAUGAUAAUGGCGUGACCAAAAUCACCAAACAUGACAGCAAAGAGGAAAGGGAAGGUGACAAUAACUGGCAUGGUAGGGUUGACUUCCCGGUAGGUAGCAGUACCAUAGGCGUUGACAAUAGUUUGGAAAGCUUCAGUGAACUUGUUUGUCUUGAGAUAGGUUGGAGGGGUCUUGUUCGUGCGGAUUUCGUUGAUGAUCGAUGGGACCGACAAGCCGGCUCUAUUAGUGACAUCCUGCAAGGUUGAUCGGAUCCUGGGUAGGUCGUUGGUAGGGCACCAUCCUUCAGCAAUGAGGGUCCUGCGAGCGCUGUCAUACGAAAACAGGUUGAGAGUGCUGUAAACAGACUUCUCCUUGGUGAUCAAGACCAUCCAAGCAGAUAGAGAUUGCGAAAUUUGGUUGAGCUCAGCUUCCAAAGUAGACUGCGUGUUGCGCAAGACAUUUUGAACAUCUUGGAGGCGACUGUUAACCUCAUGGAUCUGGUCUCUUCGCAAGUCACUAUUCUCGUCAACGUUGUAGACUUCAGCGCCCAUCGACUCAGAGAUCUUGCGGAUCUUGGCAAGGAUUUCCUUGCCAUGAGCGAAAAUGACAAAGACGUUCUUGUUGACAGCCUCGUUGUUGGACGGGUCGAUCAAAGGCUCUGGGAUCUCUGACUGGUUCAUGUACAAAUUACCACGAAGCGUUCGCCAGAGAAUGCGCUCAAAUGCGGCAACACGGUCCCUAGAGAUGACACCAGCAACGAAGCCAAUGUUCAUACCGGAGAAUGAGCGCUCAACAUCGGCAGCCGAGUUGUGCUGCUCAAUAUCGGAUAGAAGAGGGGCGUCGUCAUUAUCGGUCGAUGCUCUAAUUUCUUCAACGUUGCCGUGAGCGCGGUCGAAGAAGCUGCCAGCUUCGCGCAGCACCCAGCGCCAUUCUGUAAGAUCUCCCUCACGCUUCUUCAAGGUUUCGUAGCUGUCGUUCAGAGCAGAAAUUCGUUGUUCAAGCUUCUCGCAGCGUUCGCCAAGUUCGUCAAUCUCCGAGGUGGAAGGUGACGCGAGUCUAUCAACGUCCAAAUCCAGCUUUCGCAGA